AGGGGUAGAUUGCCGCCUGUUGCCCGAGGCCCCUGCCCAGUGGGUAGGUUGCCGCCUGUUGCCCGAGGCCCCUGCCCAGUGGUAGGUUGCCUUUUUUUUUUUUGUCCGCCUGUUGCCCGAGGCCCCUGCCCAGUGGUAUGUUGCCACCUGUUGUCCGAGGCCCAGUGGUAGUUUCCCGCCUGUUGCCCGAGACCCCUGCCCAGGGGUAGAUUGCCGCCUGUUGCCCGAGGUCCCUGCCCAGUGGUAGGUUACCGCCUGUUGCCCGAGCCCCAAGCCUAGGGGGGAGACUGCCUGCCUGUCGCUGAAAACCCC